AUGGAGACGCCCACACCUCUUGCCAUUGUCGGCAUGGCCUGCCGCACGUCCGGUGAUGUGAGGACAAUCGAUGAGUUUUGGACUAUGCUGUCUCGGUCCCGACACGGUUCCGGCCCUAUUCCCAAGAGUCGAUACAAUGCCGAGGCUUACUACCACCCGAAUCCGCAAAAGAGAGGCACCUUCAACCAAGUUGGUGGCUACUUCAUCGAUAGAGAUUUCUCCGUCUUUGACGCGCCUUUCUUCAACAUUACCAAACAAGAAGCCAGUUCAAUGGACAUCAACCAGAGACAACUUCUCGAAUGCACAUACGAAGCCCUGGAAAAUGCUGGUCUACCCAAGGGUAAGAUCUCCGGCGAAAAGAUGGGUGUCUUCAUUGGAACGAAACGAGCCGACUAUCGUACCGGAAGCUUGCAGGACCUCAACCAAGUCGAAAUGUUCGAAGCUACCAGUGGCCACAGCUCCAUUCAGGCUGGUCGUAUCUCAUACUAUUUCAACUUGAAUGGCCCAUCCUUUUCGGUGGACACGGCGUGUUCCUCUAGUUUGCACGCUAUGCAUGCUGCUGUGCAGAGCAUCCGAAGUGGCGACUGCGACUCUGCCAUUGUUGCUGCCAGCAAUCUAUACAUGAAUCCGGACGAUCUAAUCCAAAUGUCUAUGCUGGGUCUCUUUACCCCAACAGGUAAGACUUACGCCUUCGAUCACAGAGGCCAAUCAGGCUUUGCAUGCGGUGAAGGCGUCGGCUGUGUUGUUAUCAAGCCUCUCGACCAGGCCCUGCGUGAUAAUGACAAAAUUCGCUCCGUCAUUGUCAACACGGGAAUCAACCAGGACGGCAAAACCGUCGGCUUGACUUCACCGAGUGCCAGACAGCAGGAGAACCUCAUGCGCGAGGUCUAUGCUCGCGCCCACAUUAGCCCAAGCGACGUCGGCUUUGUCGAAGCCCACGGCACGGGUACAAAGGUUGGCGAUCCUUUGGAGGCCACCGCAAUUCACAACUUCUUUGGUCAAGGCCGCACUAAGCGUUCGCCUCUAUACCUUGGCUCAGUGAAGACCAACAUCGGCCAUCUGGAGAAUGCCAGUGGUUUGCUCUCCGUCAUCAAGUCUACUCUCAUGCUGGAGCGCAACUUUAUCCUGCCCAACACCAACUUUGAGAAAGCAAACCCCGCCAUCCCUCUCGAUGAGUGGAACAUCAAGGUUCCCACCACCAUUCGCCCCUGGCCCAAAGGCAAACGAUUUAUCAGCAUCAACAACUUUGGUUUCGGUGGUUCCAAUGCUCACGUCGUCCUUGAAAAAGCUCCCCUGUCCCAGGUUGCCAAGGGCCUUGCCAUCGAGGCGAACGACGACAACCAAAUUGUGCCCAGGCUCUUUGUCAUGUCGGGCAACGACGAAGGCGCGGCGAAGCGCAAUGCCACUGCUAUCGGCAUCUACACGGAACAGCACCCUGAGGUGUUCCAAAAGCGCAUUAUUCGCGACAUGGCGUACACACUGGGCGAGCGCAGAACUCACCACAACUACCGCCUGGCGCUCACUUGCGGCAGCUUUGAUGAACUCGUGUCUACGCUUAACUCUGAAGCAUUGAUUCCUACGGUCGCAACCACUGACCCUCUGAAGCUGGCAUUCGUUUUCACCGGCCAAGGUGCUCAGUGGCCGCAGAUGGGCAAGCAGCUUCUCAACACACACCCUGUUUUUGCCGAUACUGUCAAGUCUGCUUCCGAUUAUCUGGAAAGCAUCGGCGCCGAUUUUUCUCUUCUAGAAGAGCUGGUGCGUGACAAGAGCGAAUCUAUCGUCGGACUUGCCCACAUUUCGCAGCCAAUCUGCACUGCUGUGCAGCUUGGUCUCGUUGAGCUGCUGAAGACUUGGAACAUCAAACCUUCCAUGGUCAUCGGCCAUUCCUCCGGCGAAAUGGGCGCAGCUUACGCCGCCGGCGCCAUCACCCUGCGGGAAGCUAUGGCUGCUGCGUACUAUCGUGGCCAUUACGCCGCACAGAUGAAGCAGCGUAACCCUGACCUCCAUGGUGCAAUGCUCGCUGUUGGUGCUGGGCCUGAGGAAGUCAAAGGAAUAAUCAAAUCCAUGGGUCUCUCUGGUGUUACUGUCGCUUGCGAAAACUCUCCCAACUCUAUCACCGCCUCCGGUGACGAGGCUCACAUUGAUAAGCUCGCUGCAGAGCUUGAACAGCGGAGCAUGUUCAAUCGCAAGCUUCGUGUUGAAAUGGCAUAUCACUCACCUCACAUGCAACUGGUGGCUGAUGACUACAUGUCUGCUAUCCGCAACAUGAGCCCUGCGCCAACUGAGGGAGUAGAAUUCUAUUCCUCGCUUCUCGGCGCAAAGCUUGAUAAUACUGCUGCGCUUGGUGGCCAGUACUGGGUCGACAACUUGACAAACCCUGUCCGCUUCUCGUCUGCCUUCGCCGAGCUGUACAAGAGUGGCAAGCCAGACAUCAUAGUCGAACUCGGUCCUCACGCUGCCCUGGAGGGUCCAAUCAAGCAGAUUCUAAAGGGAAUCAGCCCACAGGCGGCUGCCAACGCCAAAUACUUCUCUGCCUUGAUGCGUAACCAGGAAGCUACAACUACCGCUGUUAAGCUGGCAGGCAACCUUUGGAGCCGAGGUCAUCCCAUUGACUUUUCUGCCGUCAAUUUGACCUUGACAGGCCAGGAGCGGCCUUCCUUGAUUUCGGAUCUGGCACCUUAUUCGUGGUCGCAGCAUCAGUACUGGGCAGAGUCACGGGCUGGAAAGAACCACCGCCUGAAGCCAUUCCCGCGCCAUGAUUUGUUGGGAAUCCUGGAUGAUUUCUGCAAUGAAGAUGAGCCGACUUGGAAGAGUGUCAUUACUACAGAUGACAUUCCCUGGACAAAAGACCACAAGAUGCAGGGCCUGCCCACAUUCCCACUCUCUGGAUAUAUCACCAUGGCGAUCGAGGCAGCCUCUCAGCGUGCCCAGCUUCGUGGUAAUACAGUAGAAGAUAUUGCGGCCUUUCGUAUGCGUGAUAUCAAGGUCACCAAGGCACUGAUACUGGAUGAGAACAGCAGCUACGAUUUGCGCUUUAGUCUGAAGGCAUAUGCUGAAGGCCUGGGUUCUUACUCUGACGAGUGGGAUUCCUUCCACAUCUCAUCCUGGACUCAGUCGCGUGGAUGGUUGGAGCACUGCCGUGGCCUUGUUGGUAUCAAGAAGAAGAGCUCUGCCAACAUUAUCCGACCCGUCACUUACGAUGCCGCUCUGAGCCGAAAGGCUUUCAUUGAAAGCAGCGAUGCUACCAACAUUGAUGUUGAGAGAUUUUACAGCGAAUUGGAUGUCAAAGGUGCUGGCUACACUGGCAGCUUUGACAGCAAGGAAAAUGGAAGCCUUCGUGUGUUCAAGAAUAUGUCGAGCUGCUCCAUCGCCCUCAAGGACACUGCUCAGUGUAUGCCCUACCAAUACGAAACCAAGACGAUUGUUCCCAGCGCCUUCCUGGAUACUGUGUUUCAAUCUGUCUUCCUGAACCUCGGAGCUGGCCGUGGAGAUAUGCCUCACCUUUUCAUGCCCGCCGCGGUCAAUGAGCUUGAAAUCACCCCCGAAUCGCCCAAUGCUGUCGGCGAGGUCGUUCAGGUCGUGACCAAGUGCCCUGAGACAAUGCCAGCGGGUGCCGUGGAUUUUGACAUUGAUGUAUGGCAGAGGAGCCCCGCUGUGCCCGUCAUUUCGGUUCGUGGAUUUAUGAUGAACCCCUUGUAUGGCGAUGUGUUUGAAGGUCAGGAGCCCCGUUCUCUGUGCUACAGUGUUAAGUGGGAGUCGCUUGCCGAACAGAAGGCGAAAGACAAUGCGCCAGAAACGGUUGCCAAUGGCCAUACUAAUGGCCAUACCAACGGUGCAGCCAAUCUUCACAACGGUCACACCAAUGGCAUCUCAAAUGGUCAUGCUAAUGGUGUCACGAAUGGCUGUUCGAAAGGCGAAGCCAACGGUGACGUCAGUAGUCAUGCUAAUGGCUACGCCAAUGGACACGUCAACGGACAUGCCAACGGACAUGCCAAUGGUGACACUAAUGGGCAUAUCAAUGGUCACACCAAUGGUCACACCAAUGGUCACGCUAAUGGGUUCACCAAUGGCCACCCCUAUCUCAACAGGGUCGACUUGAGCGAGACUCCAAUCAUCAUCAUCUGCGAUGCCGGAGCAACGCCGCUGGCCUCGGCGCUGGCCGACCUUAUCGAGCUCCAAACCGGCGGUCUGAUGCCAAAGAUUACCACUCUCGCUGAUGUUGAGAUUUCGUCUUCCACCAGGUACAUCUGCCUGAACGAAGUCGAGGGUCCUGUUCUUCACAACAUGGAUGGCACUACUUUUGCCAAAAUCCAGAAGCUUCUUUUGAACUGCUCAUCCAUGCUUUGGGUUGGCACUGGCGCGUACCACACUGCUACGACUCCCUUGAACAACCUUGCACAGGGUAUGAUGCGUACAAUUCGCUCCGAGUCUAGCAAGAUUGCCGGAACUCUUGAUCUUCAUCCCAACUCAACCCUUCAGCCUGUCGAUCAGGCCCAGUUGGUCAUCACUGCUAUGAAGACGACUCUGGAGACUCAUGAGGAUGAUGCCCCUGUCGACUUUGAGUUUGCUGAAAAGGAUGGCAAGCUGUUUGUACCUCGCAUCUACAAUCAAAACGAUGUCGACCUUGAGCUCUUCCGUGCCACUCAGCCAUCCCGCCCCUACGCUCAGAACUUUUCUCAGCCUGGGCGCCGCCUGAAGCUGGCUGUUGGCACCUACGGUGCACUUGAUUCUCUGUACUGGAAGGAUGAAGAGGAGUACGUUCUCGGCGAAGAGGAGAUUGAGAUCAAGGUGGCUGCCACUGGCAUGAACUUCAAGGAUGUGGUCAUUGCAAUGGGCCAGCUGGCUAGCCCAUACCUUGGAGUCGAGUGCGCUGGCACUGUCUCACGCAUUGGCUCCAACGUCAGAUCGCUCAGGGUCGGUGACCGUGUCUGCGCCAUGACACACGGUGCUUAUGGAACCUACGCUCGCUGCCCCGCGACUAGCGCAGGUCUCAUCCCCGAAGGCAUCUCUUUUGAGACGUCGGCCUCAAUCCCAGUCGUUUACUGCACUGCUUACUAUGGUCUUGUUGAUCUGGCUCGCCUAGAGUCUGGUGAGAAGAUUCUCAUUCAUGCUGCUUCUGGUGGUGUGGGCCAGGCUGCGAUCCAGCUUGCCCAGAUGAUUGGCGCAGAGAUCUUUGCCACAGUCGGAAGCCUGGACAAGAAGCAGCAUCUUAUCGAGGAGUACGGCAUCGCCGACGAUCAUAUCUUCUACAGCAGAGAUAGCUCAUUCGCCCCGGCGCUGCGCGAUGCCACCGGUGGCAAAGGAGUGGACGUUGUCAUCAAUUCCCUUGCCGGCGAUCUGCUGCGCGAGACUUGGUCUUGCCUCGCCCCCUUUGGCCGCUUCAUUGAGAUUGGAAAGCGAGAUAUCAACUCCAACACGAGACUGGAAAUGGCCAAAUUUGAGUGGAACUGCACCUUUAGCUCGGUGGAUUUGACCAAGGUCGGUGACUUUAGACCCAAGAUCAUGGGCCGCAUCUUCCGCAAUGUCAUGGAGCUCUUGGACAAGAAAACAAUCAAGCCCAUUGGCCCCAUCACAACUGUUAGCAUCAGCGAGGUUGAGUCUGCUCUGCGCAAACUUCAGAGUGGCAAGACGACUGGUAAGGUGGUGGUCAACCAUGAGCUCGACGGACAAGUCAACGCUACCCACCCCGAGCCAAAUACCCACUCGCUCAAGGCCGAUGCCGCGUACAUUAUCAUCGGUGGUACUGGUGGUCUCGGUCGAUCCAUGUCCAAGAGAAUGGUGCAACGAGGCGCGAGAAACAUUGUUCUGCUUUCCCGCAGUGGCAGCAUGACGGCAGAGCUGGAGAGGCUGAUUGCAGAGUGCGAGCCCCUUGGCGCCAAGAUUCAUGUCAUGGCGUGCGAUGUUGCAGAUGAGGCCAAAGUCAAUGAGCUCAUUGCUCAGCUGCGCAGCUCACUGCCUCCUAUUCUCGGUGUCAUUCAUGCUGCCAUGGUGCUACGUGACACUCUGUUUGAGAACAUGUCGUUUGAAGAUUACGAGGCCGUUGUCCGCUCCAAGGUUUCGGGAGGCUGGAACUUCCACAAGGCUCUGAUCAAUGAUCCUUUAGACUUGUUUAUUGUUCUCUCGUCGGUGGCUGGCAUUGUUGGAAACCGUGGGCAGGCCGCAUACGCCGCUGCCAACACGUUCCUUGACGCAUUGACUGCUCACCGUCGCCAGCUUGGCCUUGCUUCUACAUGUCUCAACUUGACAGCCGUUGAAGGCGUCGGCUACUUGGCGGAGAACUCGGCCAAGCAGUCGGAAGUACUCAAGAACCUGUCAGGAAGCACCAUGGGCGAGAGCGAAGUGCUUGCCCUGGUGGAGGCGGCGAUUGAUGGCAAAGUCGGUACCUUUAGCAAUGACCAGGCGAUUACUGGUCUUGACCUUGGCGACGCCAGCAACUUUCCUUAUUACGCUGCCGAUGCCAAAUUCAAGCCCCUUCGCGAUGCUGCAGUUGCCGCAAGCGCUGCCGCUGGAGGCGCGGACGGCGCGACCAACAUUCCUAUCGGCAAGAAGCUGGCAAAGCUCGCGACGGUUGACGAAGCUGUCGAGCUUGUUGGCACAGGCUUGCGCGAGAAGCUGGGUGCCAUUCUGAUGCUGCAUCCCGAUGUCAUGGCGGCCAGACAGGCCACCACUACCAUUACUGCGUUUGGGUUGGAUUCGCUCAACGCCAUUGAGCUGCGCAACUGGAUUGGAAAGGAGUUGCAGGCGCACUUGCAGGUGCUGGAGCUGUUGACGAGCGGCACCAUGGCGGAUCUGGCUUCGCAGAUUCUGCGCAAGACCAGGAUUCAGGGUGUCUGGACCGAGGUGAAGACUGCAUAG